AUGGCGGCCCUCGCCAGCUCUCUGAUCCGCCAGAAGAGAGCCGUGAGGGAGGACCAGGGCAACCGGCCCGUGGCCAGCAAGCGCAAGCCCUGCCCCAAGAGUAACAAGUCCCUGUGCCAGAAGCAGAUCCUGGUGCUCAUCUCCAAGGUGCGCCUGUGUGGCGGUCGCCGAGGGAGAACCGAAAAGAGACCCGAACCCCAGCUGAAAGGCAUUGUGACCCGCCUGCACUGCCGGCACGGGUUCGACCUCCAGAUCCUGCCAGAUGGCACGGUGAACGGAACGCGAGAUGAGAGCAGCUCUUUCUCGCAGUUUAACCUGAUCCCUGUGGGUCUGCGCAUCGUGGCUAUCCAGGGAAUAAAGACAGGCCUGUACCUGGGCAUGAGCAGCGAGGGCUAUCUCUACACCUCUGAACACUUCACACCAGAGUGCAAAUUCAAAGAGAGCGUGUUUGAGAACUACUAUGUGACGUACUCGUCGAUGCUGUACCGGCAGAGCCAGUCGGGCCGAGCUUGGUACAUCGGCAUCAACCGCGACGGGCACGUCAUGAAAGGAAACCGGGUCAAAAAGACCAAAGGCGCCGCCCACUUUUUACCCAAAGUUAUCGAAGUGGCCAUGUAUAAGGAGCCCUCGUUGCACGAACUCGCUGAACAGAGCCCGCCCAGGAAGACGGUGAAGACCGCCGACUCCCCCUCCCUCCAGAACGGCAGGAAAGACCCCCCAAAGGCCGACACCUCGUAG